GUGCCAACCUAUCUCUGCUCCCUGACUAUGCCUCCGAAACUUGACCAUGGUCGCAGGGUCACUCGCUUUGUCCACUAUACUACCCAGGACCUCGUUAAGGACAGAGUACGCCGGGAGCUCGGCGAGAAACAGCAUGGAGUGGCCGAGCAAUGGUACCACCAGCUCUGUGCCGCGGUCAAAGGCGACUAUGAGCUCACCACCGUCCCGCCCGACCUCUCGCGCUCACAGCUGUUUGCUCACUCGGGUAUCGUCUUUGACAAGUAUACCGCUUAUAAACUUGAGCCUGUGACCGGCGUGAAGCUGCACCCGCGCGAGGACGGGACGAUCCUCCCUGGAGACCUGCAGUUCUACUCACGCACCCUUCGCGACGACUGGCAGUGCCGGGAGGGUGGUAUCAUGCGCUGUAUGGCCGAGGAACGCGAGUUCUGGAACAUGAUACUCAACUACCACUCAUCCGCGGGGACUACAGGCUACAAACCCUGGGAUCGGCUCUUCGAGAAGUUGAAGAGGAACAACUUCGAUAGAGGCAUGGUUCCGUGUAUGUUCUUCGCCCGGGAGACGGGCUGCCUGUAUCCGCGAUGCCUCUUCCUGCACGACCGCGUGGCCUGUGAGUACGACCGCGAGAGGGUGCUUGCCAAGAGACGCGCCCAGCUCGGCCGCCCCCCACCACGCGAUCUCGCCUUGCUCGAAAAGCGCGCCCUGAAAGACUAUCGUUCACCGAAGGUGGAGGGCGCUGCCUCGGCGAACGAAACACCCGAGACGGACCCGUCCUCCGCGCUUGCCCUACUUGACGAUGAGGAGGACAUGGAUCCCGAAGUGUACGAGAUCUUCGAAGAGUCGUCGAAAGUCCGCAAGAUAUGCAACAAUCCAGAAUGCCUCCGGACGAGAACUCGGGGCAAGUCAAGCCAGGACGUUAAGAUGCUCCGGUGCUCACGGUGCACCGUAGCGAACUACUGUUCGGCUGAGUGCCAGAGAGCAGAUUGGAAAAGACAUAAAGAGAUGCCAUGCAAGCCAUUUGAGGUUCUGCUCGAAGAUGAUGACCUGUGGAACCCCUGGGGCGGUCUCAAGGGCAUGGAACGUUUUCCUGUACAUUAUGGUUAAGCUCGGAGCGGCGGAUCCGGAAGGAUGUGCCCAGACCGUCGCGAAGUGGCACGCCCAACACAACUCCUUCUGUAUAAUUAGCGUUCGGCCUGGGGUAUUCAGUCAUUAUAUGCAUUGUUAUAGUACAGGUAUGAUACCAUCUCACGUACGGAGGUGGGACUCAUACAGACGCGCAGUGUAACAUAUCGUCCCAAGCGUCAACAACAAGAGGUGCCAUGCAAGACAAGGAGACGUGAUGCAGCGUCUGGUAGGUCACAGAAGCAGGGUGAACAUGGGAGAUCGCAUUAAGGCCCGGCCGGCGGAUGCGAUGAAGACUCAACGCACCUCCUUGCUACGGUGUCCUUCCCUGAAGUACUGGACCCGACACCUCUGGCCAUGGCGGUAUCGUUAGCAUUAAGCUUCCCUGUUGGGCUUCCAUGAAAUUCUUCGUCUUCCUCUCUGAGCCUUCCCCUCGAACUGAGAUCAGCAUUUCGUAGCUCGUAUACUCGGGAAGAAAGCUGCUUGACC